AUGGAAAGCGACUACUCCGACCUCACCGACCUCGACGAUUUUGAGGAGGACGCAGACUAUGGCAAGAGCAAGAAGACCAAGACCAGCAAAACCGGUAAAGGAGCAGCAGUGGGUGGCUAUCGCAUCCGACACGCCCUGAAAGUUCCUCGUGCCACGACGUAUACCGCACAAGCUCUCUAUGAUCAGAUCCAUAGCUCGGAUAUCAACUUGGAGCCGGAAUACCAGCGGGCCGUCGUUUGGCCAGAAAGCAAGCAGAUCGGUCUCAUAGACUCUGUGUUCCGCAACUUCUAUAUCCCACCCGUUAUAUUUGCCGUCACUCCGUACGAAGAUGGAUCAGAGUCAAAGACGUGUAUAGAUGGCAAGCAGCGCCUCACAUCCAUCCACAGAUUCAUGGACGGUCUCGUACAUCGCGACCCCCACACCGGCGAGAAGCUCUGGUACAAGGACGCCUCUGCACCCGGCGCCUCGACAAAAACACGCAAGAAGCUGCUCCCCGAAAAAUACCGCCGGCUGUUCUCCAACAAACAGAUUGUGUGCGUCGAGUACGCGGACAUCACGUCGUCUGACGAACGCGAGAUUUUCCAGCGCGUGCAGCUCGGUAUGGCGCUGACGCCGGCCGAGAAGCUGCAGGUCAUCAACACAUCGAGAGCGUCGUACGUGAGGGAUUUGUUGAAGGACUAUGUGGACGAUGAGGAGAGGGGGCUGGCCGGAGAUGAUUUAGAUUGGGAUCGGAGUCGAGGGGCUGAUUUUCGGUGUCUGGCUCAGACGGUGCAUCUGAUCACGAAAUGGAAAGAGGUGACCACGGUCGCGUCGAUUCCUCAGCUGGAGAAGUGGCUGUCGUCGUCUGAGCCGCUCGAGGACGCCUUGCAGCAAAGGAUUAGGGACGUGUACGAUUUGUUCCGCGACCUCGUGCACGACGCGAAGUUGAACAAGGUGUUUAAGAAGCCGACGAAGAUCAGUCCGGUGGAGUUCGUUAUAAUACCUGUGCUGAUAUCGGCGUGCGGAGAGCGCAUGGGGAUGGCCCAGCUGUCAGCGGCUAUUGGAAAGAUGCGCGACGAGGUGAGGAAGGCGCAUGUCGACAUUCGCAUGAACAGCCGCGUGUCGAAAUGGAUGCUCGAAUACGUCGAGAAGUUGGCUCAGGAGACGAAAGGCAAAGUGAGCGACGGGCUAUCGGCGAUGGCAGAGAAACGGGCCGCGGCUGCAGCAUCGGGAGGAGGAGGAGGAGGAGGAGGAGGAGGGAAACGCAAACGACAGGAGGUCGACGACGAUUCGGGUUCGGAGACCGAGUACAAGCCGCGCAAAACGGGGAACCCUGGCUCGAAUUCCAAUCAAACUGAGCAGCCUAACGGCAAAGUAGCUGCCCCUCCCGUAGCAGCACCUGCGCCCAAGAAGGACCCAGCGCCAACGUCGACGUCGACUACGAGUGGCGCACCUACGACGGCCUCCCGACGCGUCGACCGUUUAGCCGCGGUUCGUAUGGCGAAAGAAAUGGCUGCUAACACGCGGAAUAUCAGCGCCAAAGCCGUUGCGAAUGGUUCCAACAACGCCCCCACGAACAUCGCCAAUACCCCUACCAAUACGAACACAUCCAACACAAGCACUACCACGAACACCACCCAUACGCCGUUAUCGCAAGUACCUCCUCACCCAAUGCAGCAGCCGACCGCUUCCCAAAUGAUGUCGAUGCCCAUGCCACCAUACGCCUCUCCGCUACCCAUGUCGCCCAACCCGCAGGCUAUGUCUAUCCCUAUGCCCAUGAUGCCCCCGGGUGUGAUCAAUUCGAGUCUGAUCUCGCAGCUUUGGGGACAGUUUCAGCAGCAGCCGAUGGCGGCGUUCAACCCAGCAUUGAUGUCACUCCAGCCUCAGGAUAGUAAGAGCCUGGGCAGUGCGCCGCCGCCAUCGCAGCACCAACAACCACACCAGUCGCAGCAACAGCCACCGCUUCAGCGACAGCCAAACGCACCGCAAACACACCCGCUACCACCUCAUCCACAGCAAGGAGAGUAUAGGUAUGGUCCGAACGUCAGUAGUAAUACGGAUCCCCCUCGAGGGCCGAGGGGUUCGACCGUUGUUGGAGGCCAACAAGGACAUUUCAAAGGACCGGUAGAUUCGGGAUGGGGUUCGAGAGGCGGCGGCGGCGGCGGCGGCGGGAGGUAG